AUGAUAGAAAUAUCAGUAAUUUUACUUUUUCCGCUGCUUUCUCUACUGAUUCUGUUCUCCCUGGAACAAUGGUGGUCCCGGAGACACUUCCCACCUGGUCCUCUUUCUCUUCCAGUCUUUGGAAAUGCAUGGGCUCUCCAGAUGAGAAAUAAUGAAGACGUUUUGAAGAAGCUGGCCAAGAAAUAUGGAAAUAUGUACACAUUGUGGUUGGGGAAUCAAUCUGUAGUGGUGCUGUCUGGAUUCAAAGCUGUAAAAGAAGGUUUGGUUGGAUAUGGAGAAGAAUUUAGUGGUCGGGCUGUAAGUGCUUUCUUUUCAUCUCAAGGAAAAGGAAGGGGUAUUGUGUUUGCAAAUGGUCACAUCUGGAAGAAGCAGCGACAGAUUGGUAAUACUUCUUUGCGGUUGUUUGGACCAGGGAAUAAAAAGAUUGAGCAUCAUAUUAAAGAGGAAGCCCAGCAACUUAUAGAAAUCUUUACACGUACGCAAGGGCAGCCAUUUGAUCCUUCAUUGCCAUUGAUUUAUUCAGUCUCUAAUGUGAUGUGUGCUUUUAACUUGGGGCACCAGUUUGCACAUGAAGAUCAAAACUUCCAGAAGUUGGUUGAAAACAUAUUAUGCACUGUAAGAAUGACAGGUCGUGCUUUUCAUCUGGUUUAUGAGACAAUCCCUUGGUUGAUGAAACAUCUUCCUGGACCUCACCAGAAGCCUAUAGAGUCUGCCAAGUUUAUCCUUUCAUUUGUAAGGCAAGAAGUAGAAAGACACAAGCAAUAUCAAUCUCUGCAUGACCCACAGGAUUUCAUUGAUUUCUAUCUACUACAAAUGGAAAAGAACAAGGAUGACCUCAACUCUGUCUAUAAUGAAGAGAACCUGGCUUGCUGUCUGCUUGAAUUGUUUAUUGCUGGAGCAGAAACAACCUAUUCUAGCCUGAUGUGGGCAGUGCUUCUCUUGGUAAAUCAUCCCGACAUCCAAGAAAAAGUCCACAAGGAGAUUGAAGAUGUUUUUGGUGCUUCAGGAUCAAUUUCCUAUGAUGAUCGGCACAAGCUGCCCUACACCAAUGCUGUGAUACAUGAGACCCAACGAGCAAAAUAUGUUUUAUUUUUACCAAUACCUAGACAAAGCAUAAAAGAUGUGAAAAUGCGGGGUUUCCACAUUCCAAAGGGGACCAUUAUUGUGAGUGAUUUACGCUCUGUUCUCCUGGAUCCUGAAGAAUGGGAGACACCUGAAGAAUUCAACCCAAAUCACUUUUUAGACAAAGACGGGAAAUUUCAGACUCGAGAAGCAUUUAUGCCAUUUAGCGCAGGGCAACGUGCCUGUUUAGGAGAAAAGUUGUCAAGAAUUGAGAUGUUCAUCAUACUAACCAACCUGCUGAGGACUUUCCAUUUCCAGCCACCUGAAGGAGUGAAAAAGCUUGAUGAGAAACCUAUAGUAAGUGUGGGAUUAACUCCACAUCCUUUUAAAAUCUGUGCUGUUCCAUAUUACACAUCAUAA